UGAUUUAUGAAGUGUGUGUGUGAAAAACUGUAAUUAGUGUCAUAUUCAAGGUCCUUUACAACAAUGAGAGCAGAUCUAUGUACACACAGUUUAUUUUAGCAACAAUGAUGACAAGCUGCAUCCUGCAGUACAAUAGACUUAUCUUCAGUGGAGAAAAUGCAGAAAAUGAUUAAUAAGGCCUCUAACAGAAGCUUAACUCAGGCAACUAAUAACAGCAGUGAACAGAUAGUGCCCUCUCCUGGUGGAACACUGCUAUAGAUGAUUGUACACACAGUGAGGUAUUAAAGAAAACACAAUAACGAUUAAUAAUUGUGAUUAAUAUUAUAUUAAGUUUAAUGGUGACCACUAACUAAAUAUAUGACUAUAUCAUAACUUAAGAAACAGUAAAUCACACAGAUUUGAAAGCUACAAAACAAACACACUACCUGAAUAUUAAUUGUAUACAAAAGAAGCAUCUAACCACGCACAGAGCGCCUAGUUUAGAAGUGAAGGAAGGAUGUGGUCAAAAGAGAACCUGCCUAGUUCCCUUAUGAAAAGAACAAACCCUCCCCCCUUUACUGCUCUGGAGGUUUAAUGAGAACACUGCUCAUGAGCACAGCAUCAGAAAUUAAGAGGAAACCAGCAGGAACACAAAGCCCACUAUGUCAGAACAGAAUGAUAAUGCAACAAAUCUCACGGAAACCAAAGGAGCAGCCGGCAAUGACAGUUUAAGAUGUCUGCUGGUGCCUGAAGACCACCUCUUCAGUGUUCUGCCAUGGCUGUAUCUCUCGCUGGCUAUCGUGGGCUUCCUGGCUAAUGGACUCGCCAUGUGGGACCUCCGGCGUUCCGAGAAGACGCCGACCGUCAUCUUCACCUUAAAUAUAGUGAUGUCGGACCUUAUGGUCUGCUGCAGUUUCCCCUUUAGAGUGGCCUACUACAUCUCUGGCCAUGGAUGGGGGUCUGGAUCCUCAGUUUGCCUGACGGUUGAGUUUUUUAUGAUCUCUUGCUUUUACAUCAACCUCUAUUGCAACAUGUCUUUCUUGCUGUGGACCAGCAUCAACCGCUACGCUACGGUGGUACAGCCGCGCUGGGGGAUCUUCCAAGCCUUCAGACAGCCAAAGCUCUGCUGGAUCAUCUGCAUCGUCACCUGGAUAUUCGGAAUCAUCGCCAUAAGUGGAUCAAGGGGAUAUGCAGCGAAGAUGAAUACUUCAGAACAAAGACCGAAGACAUGCUUCGAAAAGGUGAUGAACAAAGGAAUGGAGCACCUUAAUGUUCUUCGUGGCAUGGGUGUGGGAAUGUUCUUCUUCAUCCUGGGCUUGAUGCUGGUCAGUUACAGCCUGCUGAUCUUCCACUUGCAGAAGGUGAGAGGAGGAAGCAUGGUGGGGGCGGGGUUUGGACCUGGUGGAGGCCUGAAGGUGAGGAGGAAAAUCCUGGCCUCUGUGGUUCUGUUUGUGGCCUGCUUCCUGCCCUACCACGUGCAGAGGAUCAGGAUAAUGGCUUCACCAGAGACAGAAGACUGUCUGCAGAAGCAUGAAAACAUGAGGGUGAAGACUCUGACCAUCUUGGUUGCGGCUCUCAGCUGUUGCCUGCAUCCAGUGCUGCACCUGAUGCUGCGCCUGCCCUGCUGCCGCGUCAAACGCAACGCGAGAGCCCCUCCCAAACCAGAAAUCACCAGAAGCCAAGUCACGCCUAAUAUACAGGCCACUGAGCUGACCCCGAACAUUAGAUACGAGUAAUGAUGAGACUCUGAGUUAGAAAAGGGACUACAAAAUGAUUAUUUCAGGGCGAAUCAUUGCUGAUUUUUUAGGAAAAAUAUUUAGGAAAAAAAAACGUAUAGGUUAACUUAUAGGAGUCUUCAAUAAUAUGUGGAUGUUGGGCAGAGCUGUACGAUUUUCUAAUAAACUGGAAUCACAAUA